CCUUUCCCCUACUUUCACUAGUAAAGUCUCAUGGCACUGCUCAGCAUUCCUACUGCUCCUUUACACGGCUACCAGGUUCUCUUCUCGCCCUACUCUCCACACAGACUCGCCUUCACUGGUGCACAGAACUAUGGUAUCACAGGAAACGGAUGUCUAGUGUUGUAUGAAAAGAUAGAAGGCCGUGGUUUUGUGGAAGUUCGUCGCUAUCUGUGGAAAGACGGGCUAUUUGAUGUGACGUGGAGUGAGCUGAGUGAGGACGUGCUAGUUGUGGGUGGUGGGGACGCUAGUGUACUCGUCUUUGAUCAGAAGGUAUCCCGUGAUCCUGUCGCUGUACUGUCCGGUCAUACAGCCGAGGUAUCCAGUGUUCAGUGGAGUGUGACUCGUCAGGAACAGCUGGUCCUGAGCUCAUCGUGGGAUGGCAGUGUGCGAGUAUGGGAUCCUCAGAGCCGCAGCUGUGUCUCUGUGUUCACCCACCACCAGGGGAUCGUCUACUCUGCCAGCUGGGCCCCCCACCUCCCCCGCACAUUUGCCUCUGUCUCCGGUGAUGAGCAGAUCUGUCUAUGGGACCUGAGUCAACCCAACCCCACGACCAUAUACCACGCCCACUCUGGAGAGCUCCUGUCAUGUGAUUGGAGCAAGUACGAUCCUAACGUCUUGUUUACGGGAGGUGUUGACACUGCAGUGCGAAUGUGGGACAUACGGAACCUCACUUCCCCCGUACUUGUCAUGGGGGGUCAUACACAAGCCGUGCGUCGCAUCAAAUGUGAUCCUUUCCGUGGGAACAUUGUGUUAUCGUGCUCCUAUGAUUUCACUGUUCGUGUCUGGGAUGUUGGGCGGCCUGCCACUCCCCUUUUGGAUACUAUAGGUCAUCACAGGGAGUUCACUUUUGGUCUGGACUUGAGCGCUCUGGAGCAAGGCAAGGAAUGAUGACAUGGGUGGCAGUGUUUCGUAAGCUAUUGAAUGACUAGGCCACACAAAAUGAUCUAAGUAUAUUCAUGGCAAGCACACACUCACAAUCCAUUCAUCUGCGUGUGUGCUUGUUUGCUUAGGUUGCAGAUUGUUCCUGGGAUGGCAGUAUCAAGGUGUACUCUCCUGCUUGUCUUGCUCCUUCUGAUCCGUUGGCCAAGCUCCAUUGACCCUGAUGUCUCCGUGGCCCUGAGAGCGUGUGUGUGUGGGGUAAAACUACCAGAGGAGAACAAACAAGGAUUGAACUCUGAAUUGUGUAGAACAUUCAUAGCUCCAUGAAUCAGAUUUAUAUUUUAUAUGGAAUGCUUAUUUCAUUCUCAUGCUUGUUUUCAAGGUGGUCUUCAUAGAA